AUGCUUGUGUCAGGCCAGAUUCCUAUGAAAGCUGAACUUGUGGAAGGUGUAGUGGUGUUAUGUGGCCGAUGAACAGUUUCGGCAGAAGCCGGUGUCACUUAAUCUACAUAACACGAGAGAUCAGAUAUUAUAGAACUGGCCGCACUAUAAACCAGUAAGUAUGGAAACCAGAAACUCAUACUGACUGUUCUUCCCUACUUGUAGUGUUCAACUACAAGUGCAUCCCUGAUGCCUUCCCUUUUUGCUUUGGUGUCAACCUGGCAAACAUAGGAACCCACCUCUCAACUCCUUGGUUAUGAUUAUUGCUCCUGCACACAUCCUUGAAAAACAGAAGUUUGUCAUCAGCAGUUGAAUGGCAGGAUUUGCAAGAACUGAUGGAUUCAUUUUUACUUAAGAGAAUUCAGUUUAUGCUGGUACACAUUGCUUUAAAUUUAACUGUUAUAUAUAUAUUGAUAUGUCUUUUAUAUCUUUUCUGGAAGGUAGUAGGAAGGACAUUUCAAGAUAACUAACUGGUCUGCAAGGACAGAGAAAACAGAUCUGAAAUGGGGAAGCCAGUGCUAUUUGUGUCCUCCAGAUUUUGAAAGUGCUGUAGUUUGAUGGUAAGUGAUUCCUUUUUUGCACCUGACCUUUGACAGGGUUAGUGCGAAGUUUGAAUUCAGAUGUGAAAGCUUUUAAAACAGUAAAUUCAACUUAAUUCAUUUUGUCAACAAGUUGAUAAUCGGAGCUCUUAAAAAUAACAGAGAAAAUUAUCCGAAGAAAUGUUUUUGAAGAAAGAAAACGAAUUCCGGGUUAAGCACUAAUUGGCCUUUGAACAACUACGCCCUGUAAUCACGCCAGUAAAACAAAAUGUUCUAUUUACACGCCCGACGCACUCUGGCCAAUGUCUUCUCCGAUUACAAGCACUUGACACCGAACCAUACGAUAUCUUUUCAAAACCUUCUUAUAAUCAUACACAGUUUAAAUGGAGGUUUUGCUGUAUGCAACCCUUACAUGCAAAAUAUGCCAUAAUCAUAUUUAUCUGUAUCGCAACCACCCUUCCCCCUCAACUGCUACCUGUACGCCUAACAAACAUAUCAAACACACUCUCCUAAGAUCCGAUUACUCCUAGUUAUAUAUUGGUUUAGAAUUUUUUCCCAUAAGCUUGUAUGCCUAGUGCUGGACUGGAUACGCACUAUUCACAUUUUAAUUAUUAUUUGUUAUUAUCAUCGUCAUCUAUCACUAUUAUUAUUAUUAUUAUUAUUAGUAUUGGCAUUAGAAUUAGUAUUAAUAAGUACCUUUAAUCUUUUAUAUCUCAUCAGGAACUGUCAUGCAAAGGUUACUGGUCUGCUAUUAGGAGGACAGCUGAUGAGCUGAACUGGAGAAGCCAAUGCUGUUUUGUCGAACAGAUUUUGAAAUUGAAACGGAUUGCUGGUAAGUCUUUGUUCUUUUGAAUGUUACUUUUCCCAUAGAUUCCAGAAUGCUAUUGUGAAACUAACCAAUAACACAAGUAUUUUUUAUGUAUUUUUCUCUUAAUUUUUUAUAUAGUAAUAUCUUUUUUAUUUUUAUUUUUUUAUUAUUCAGCAUGUUUUUCUCCGAUCCAUGCACGUCAUAAAUUGCCAUCGUUUCUGGCAUCACUCUUCCACGACAUCCUUAAUCUGAUUUAGUUGAUAAAGAGACCAAGACAGAAUCUCUUGCCGAGCCAGAAAAAAAAAACAGAAUUGUCAGUGGUAGCUACCUCAGUCCUGCAUACACAGCACCCUUGACAUUUUCAUUGGAACACAGCGUUUACGGGCCCACCAGCAACCAUGCAACCACAAAGACUCUUCUCAGAAUUCCUCAGUUAUAACAGUUAAUUUCCCAGUUAAGCUGAUACAAGUGUGUGAUAUGAACUCUUUUGUGCAGUUUUCAAGAUCAAGGACAUUUUGCAUUUCAUUGAAUCCAGCAAAACGGCCCAAUAUAGUGAUGCUGCAGCACUCUGGGAAAAAAAGCUAUGUUAAGCAUCCAGACACUUAUUUAUGUUUCUGUGUCAUUUUCUUUGGUUCAAGGUAUCUGAUUAUUCUAUGAGCAAUUUCGAUUAGUGUUACUCAUUGCUAGUCAGCCCAGGAGACCUUUAAAAUGGGGUACAGCUGGCCUGGGGUUUUCCUCCUAGGGGCAAGAGGACGUACGGGGAGGUUUUUCACCUAGCUGUUGUUCCAUGACCCCAUUUCUCUUAGCAUUUAUUGAAACACAGAUUGCAAAAAAUAGUGUUAAAACUGCUUGCAUAUACACUAGUUAACUAGGUAAUCUUACUGUAAGUCUCUGUAAUUUCUCCAGACGAAUCAGGGUGCAAAGAAAGUCAGUUUUACAGCCUGCCAUUCGGGUAAGCUGUAGCUAGCAUGUACUAGCCCUCGAGUCAUUUCGACUGGUGCCAAAACCCUUUUUGAUUAGCAGGAUUGAUUACAAUCCUUUUGUAUUUUGAAUUUCCCAGAAAACAGCAUUUGUCCGUCAGGCAAGUUAAGAACAAAAAUCACUAGCGCGAUAGCGAAAUCCACUAGCCCCCGGCUAUCGGACACAACUUUCUUAGCACCCUGCCAAUAAACCGAAAGUUGACAUUACUUUUUGGGUGUCUAUAUUUAUGUGAGGAAUAAGGAUUACCACGGGGGGUUGGUGUGCAGCAUAAGAAAUUUUAAAAGUUUGACCAUAAUCAUCCAACAUAACAACUAUGUCAAAUUAGUUUUGUGUGUGUAGGACAACUUCCUUUGAAUAUUGAACAUGGACAAACAUCAUUUCUUAGUCUAGCUUGCCCAAAAUCAAAACAUGACUGAUUAGACAAUAAAAAUAUCAAUUUUAUAUAGUUGUAAAAAUAACAAAUUUUCCAAACCUACGAGUAUGGUCAAAAAAGUUAUUUUUUUUUCAUAGUUUAUUUUUGGGCAAAAUCAACAAAGAAAUAAUGUUUAGAGAUGUUCUUAAUAGAAAACAAGCCUUUCUAGACAAUAAAAAUAUUAAUCCUAAAAAUGUGAAUUUUUUCAAAGGGGUUAACCCAUGAUUUUGGUAAAAAAAUUCCAAAUUUUCUUUUUUUUUUUGUUUUAGGGUAAAAGGAGCAUGGAAUUAUUGCUUUACGAUGACUUAGACAAAAAACAAAUUAUUUUCGAGUAUAAAAAAAAAAAUAACGCCAAAAAUCGCAAUAAGUUAACCCAUGAUUUUUGUCAAAAAGUUCCAAAUUUUUUUAAAAUUUAUUUUACGGCAAAGUGAACCUAGAAGUAAUGUUUCACGAUGUUCUAAAUUAAAAAGAAACUAUUUUUAGACCAUGACAAAAAAAGCUUUUAAUAAGGCCAAAAAUCUAGGGGGGUUACCCCAUAAUUUUUGUCCAAAAAUUCAAAAUUAUCUUUUACUUUUUUUAGGGCACAAUCAGCUUAGAAAUAAUGUCUCACAAUGUUCUAGAUAAAAAAAACUAUUUACAACUAUUAAAAUAACAGCUUUUCAGAAGGCCAAAAAUCGCAUUGUUCCAAAGGGGUUAACCCAUGAGUUUGGUAAAAAAAUUCACAAAUUUUAUUUUACUUUUUUUAGGUCAAAAUAGGCGUAGAAAUAAUGUUUCACGAUGUUCUAGAUAAAAAAGAAACUAUUUAAGACUAUAAAAAUGACAACUUUUCAAAAGGCCAAAAAUCACAGUUUUCCAAAGGGGUUAACUCAUGAUUUUGGACGAAAAAUGCAAAAUUUUCUUUUACUUUUUUUACAGCAAAAUGAGCCUAGAAAUGAUGUUUCACUAUGUUCUAGAUAAAAAAAAAAACUAUUUUAGAGUAAAAAAAAAAAAAUUUUACAGGGCCAAAAAUCGAAAUUAUCUAAAAGGAUUAACACAAAAUAUUUGCCAAAAAAUUAAAAAAUUUUAUUUUAUUUUUUUAAAACAAAAAAAUCAUAAAAAUAAUAUUUACAAAUAUUAAUGAUUUUUUAAUAUAUUCUAGAAAAAAAAAAAAACUAUUAUAGAGUAAAAAAAAAAACAUUUUACAGGGCCAAAAAUCGCAAUUUUCCAAAGGGGUUAACUCAUGAUUUUUGCCAAAAGAUUCAAAAAUUUUCUUUUAUUUUUUUAGAGCAAAAUGAGCCUAAAAAUAAUGUUUCACGAUAUUCUAGAUAAAAAAGAAACUAUUUACGACUCUUAAAAUAAGAACUUUUAAAAAGUCCAAAAAUCGCAUUUCACUAAGGGGUUAACCCAUAAUUUUUGUCAAAAAAUUCAGAAUUUUCUUUUCCUUUUUUUAGGGAAAAAUGAGUCUAGAAAUAGUCUUUCACAAUGUUCUAAAUAGAAAAGAAACUAUUUUAGAGUAA